AACUGGCAUAUACACACAAUCGUCAGUCGAAGUCGGAAAUCCAUCCAGAACAGAACACAGAAUGCAUAGUCCGCGCUUGUGGAAUUUAAAGCGGGCUUCCGUCCUCUUCAGCGUCGCCCUGCUGCUCUAUGUUUUUGUUUUCUCCAGUGGCUAUCAGAAAUACCAGAUCGAGGGCAUUAUCAAACGGAGCCAACCGGAAAAGGUUUGGGAAUAUGUGGCGGACUUUAACAAGAUGCGUAUGCUAAACCCCACGAUCAUGAAUUUCAAGAUCUUAGCUGAUCACGGACACGCCCAUGACUGGCGCUAUACGGUGGAGUACACAGAAAAACUAUCCCACUGGCCCUAUUGGAUAAAUACAGCCACAGCCAAAUACGUGGUCACCAAGACAAUGCCCGGAGUGUCCCCGGUGGUCUAUGCUAUAAGGUCCACCCAUGAGACCUGCUUCUUCAAGGGAUUAUACUGCUUACAAUCCCUUAGCGAGUUCAUUUUCAGGAGCUCAAAUGGUGAUACCUUCGCCUUGGAAAACAUUCAGUACCAGUGUCCACCUCUUUUGGGCAGCAUGUGCCGACGUGAAAUAGAAUUCCAGCGACAAGCUGUCAUGCAUAACUUAACCAUCAUAUUUGGCAAGCAACGAGUAUGAAAUUUUGACCAAUUAAUUUAAAACUUUUCUAAACGUUAGUUAUAAAAAAAUAUCAAGAUUAUCCUGUCUUUUCAAUGAAACACACAAAUAUUUUAUUGAAAUUAAACCCUCAAAUAUACA